AUGGGGAACCGGGCGCGCCGGACGGUUAGGAACCUCAAGGAGCGCAUCCACGAGAAGACCCCAGAGACAAGCUUAGGCUCGUCCUCGGAUGUUAUGCUCCGUCUUCUCGGCCAGCAGGGCUUUACUGACGUUAAGACAUGCCAUGUUGGCGUGCCUGUCGCGAGCGUCGUGGCUCGGGCGCAGGAUGGCAAGAAGCCUCCUGCCAGUGGGCUGAAGAAGCCCAAAGAUCAGCGCAGCCUUGCCGAGAUGAUGAACGACAAGAGCGAUGCUGCCGACGAGAACAUCACCAAAAUGGUGGCCAAGGUUGGCAGGUGGUGGUAUACUCGGUGCUACGAAAGCACAGUCGGCAGUACACCCGCUCGCAAAACCAUCUGGGCCGACCGCGCCCUCCUUUCGGAAUGUGAAGAGUGGCGCACAAGCCUCAAGCUCCUAGUAUGCUAUGCCAGCGUGCCCGGAACAACCAUGACGACAAGACUUGACAAGAUUCCAUUUUCGACAAGACUCAACAGGGCGCAAGCCCGAAUGCUGCUUCAGGAUCCAGAAGGAUUUCACCCGAGGCAUGGCGUGUGA